AUGAGUAUGUCAGAGAUACAGACUCCUGCUCCACCAGAUGAGAUCGUACCCCAGUUGGAGCUCAUCUCAAAGACUUUGCAACGAUCCCCCAACUUCCAGUUAUCUCUCGAGACCGUUCAGAAAUUGGCCAGGUGGUUGAACUUCCAGGCUGAGACAAUCCCUGCUUCUGAUGGCUUCACAAAAACAUUGCAUGUGUCAGGGGCACUUAUUACCAUUGAUAUACACUUUAUAAGUGACCUGGAGGUGGGCAAGGUGAGUAUCGGGUUUCCCAGUUUAGAAAGCUCCACAGGUGCGUUUACUGCGUCGAUUGAAGCGAUUCUCCUCAGAAAUUUGUCCCAUACGCCUUUAGCCGACUUCCACUCCAAUCUCACCACGUUGUCACGCUUGGAUAGGCUCUCAAUCCAUAACUUUGACUUGUUCCACUAUUACGACAGCUUGUGCAGCUUCAUGGAACUGCUUCAAGCCUUACCCGAGAAUUUAAACGUGAACCACCAGCCGUUUGAGUACUGGGGCCACUUAGGAGCGAUGCAACUCAACUACAGUGACCAUUUGGGAUUGUACGUGACGUACUUCGAGACGGAUAAGCACAUUAACCGGUUAUUGUCUGAAGACCAGGAGGACCAACGCUUCAGAAUGCACCUUAACAUCGUCGAGGUCACGGAUACGAGCCCGCAGAGACCGUUUGCCAUCACCAAGAGCUUCGAGAUCGGCGAUGCAAUGUCUCACGAGGUUGUGGGGUUACAGGCGGGGAUAGAAUUCGAGCUCCAGCCCGUAGUGUACUUGCCCGAAUCACUUUUAAUUUCCUGGGGCAACGGUUACACAGGAGCCACUGACGUCCCUUCUGCAUACCAUAACUUUAUUGGCCAGCUUGUGGAUGUAAACUACUUGGAGUACAAGUUGCACCUUCCUUUGAACGAUGUCUUGGACUCAGACGACCCACUGGACUUCCGCAAAUUGGCUUUGCAGAUCAACUAUCUCUUUGACGGGUUGAAAAUAGUUCCGGUGAAGGCUGUCAACUUGCAAUUAUCGUGCUCAGUCAAGGACGCAUCAGGCCAGCUCUCUUCGUUUAUACGAAAUCUUCGUAACUGGAUCUUCUUGGGCAAUGUGUUGCGCAAUAUCCAGGUGUUUGUCAAGGAGCGGAGCGCCAAGAACAACUCAAACAUCCACCCAGGGUUCGAGACCAAGCCCACUUCCCCGGUUGUGCCCGAAAACCAAGGGGACGAUACUGAAAUCCUCUUGGCAGAUUUUCUCAGCGAAGCAGCGGCGGCUGGCGACGUGGAUGUUGAUAUGGUGACCGAUUCCCCUGCUGUCCCUACCAAUUAUAUGUGCCAGCUCUCGGUUCUCAAUAGCGGGGAAGGCUUACGCUUGCGGGUGCAAUACCAGAAUGGCACCGACGGGGACAUACUGAACGACUCGGCGAAGGCUUUCGACUGGGUCUUGGUCAUUAACGAUGGUGAGGUGACGGGGUGCGAAAGCAGUUCCACAAUGGAGAGUGACAGAGAAUUGCGCGACAAGGCCCAGUUCAUCAGGAUGUUGAACAGAACUGAGGAUUUGCUCGAAUGUUUAGCGUGGAUUUGA